CGGUGCAUGCCGGGCCGGCGGUGGGCGGGCCGGGCUCCCGCUAUGGCGCCGCCGCGGCUGGCCGCUGUGUGCUGGCUCUGGCUCCCCCUGCUCGCUCCCGCUCCUGCGGCGGCUGUGUACGAAGACCAAGUGGGCAAGUUCGACUGGAGACAGCAGUAUGUCGGGAAGCUCAAGUUUGCCUCCCUGGAGUUUGCCCCCGGAUCUAAGAAGUUGGUCGUGGCGACAGAGAAGAACGUGGUGGCAGCGUUCAACACCCGCAGCGGAGAGACCUUGUGGCGUCACGUUGACAAAGGCACAGCAGAAGGGGCUGUGGAUGCCAUGUUGCUCCAGGGACAAGACGCAGUGACAGUGUCCAAUGGAGGCCGGAUCAUGCGUUCUUGGGAGACGAACAUUGGGGGCCUGAACUGGGAGAUCACCUUGGACAGUGGCAGUUUCCAGGCCCUCGGGCUGGUAGGCUGGCAGGAAUCGGUGAGGUAUGCCGCCGUGCUGAAGAAGGCGACCCUUGCCCUCUACCACCUCUCCAGCGGGCACCUAAAGUGGGUGGAACACCUCCCAGAAAGUGACAGCAUCCAUUACCAGAUGGUGUAUUCCUACGGCUCUGGGGUAGUGUGGGCCCUUGGCAUCGCCCCCUUCAGCCACGUGAACAUUGUCAAGUUUAAUGUGGAAGAUGGAGAGAUUGUCCAGCAGGUCAGGGUUUCCACUCCCUGGCUGCAGAGUCUCGCCGGAGCCUGCAGCGUGGUGGCCGAAGCUGUCCUGGUGUGCCCCGAUCCAGGCUCGAGGGCCCUGCACACCUUGGCCUUGGAGACCGAGUGGGAGUUGAGGCAGCUCUCGCUGCAGUCUCUAGACUUGGAAUUUACUAGCGGAUUUCAGCCAAGAGUCCUGUCCACACAGCCCACCCCGGUGGAUCCUUCUCGAGCCCAGUUCUUCCUGCAGUUGUCCCCAAGCCACUAUGCUCUCCUGCACUACCGUGACGGGGCCCUGAGCCUGCUCAGAAACUUCCCGCAGGCUGCUCUCGUGAGCUUUGCCACCACCGGGGAGAAGACGGUGGCCGCAGUCAUGACCUGUCGGGGUGACGUGCAGAAACCUAGCGGUUCUGAAGAUGGAUUGAUGGGCAGCUUUUUGGAGAAGUCUAGCUCACAGGACCCGCUGACGUGCUUCAACCAGACCUACGGCAUCAACCUGUACUUGGUGGAGACGGGUCGGCGGCUGCUUGACACCAGCAUCACCUUCAGCCUGGAGCAGAACGGCACUCGGCCCGAGCGGCUGUACGUCCAGGUCUUCCUGAAGAAGGACGACUCGGUGGGCUACCGGGCCCUGGUGCAGACGGAGGACCACCUCCUGCUUUUCCUGCAGCAGCUGGCAGGGAAGGUGGUGCUGUGGAGCCGAGAGGAGUCCUUGGCGGAGGUGGUGUGCCUGGAGAUGGUCGACCUCCCGCUCACGGGAGCACAGGCCGAGCUGGAGGGGGAGUUCGGCAAGAAGGCAGACGGUCUGCUGGGCAUGUUCCUGAAGCGCCUGUCUUCCCAGCUCAUCCUGCUGCAGGCGUGGGCUUCUCAUCUCUGGAGGAUGUUCUAUGAUGCCCGCAAGCCCCGAAGUCACAUUAAGAAUGAGGUCAACAUUGACACCCUGGCCAGAGAUGAGUUCAACCUGCAGAAGAUGAUGGUGAUGGUGACAGCCUCGGGCAAGCUUUUUGGCAUCGAGAGCAGCUCCGGCACCAUCCUGUGGAAACAGUAUCUCCCCAGUGUCCGGCCGGACUCCUCCUUCAAGCUGAUGGUCCAGAGGACUACCGCCCACUUCCCCCACCCGCCACAGUGUACUCUCCUGGUCAAGGACAAGGAGACAGGGAUGAGUUCUCUCUAUGUCUUCAACCCCAUUUUUGGGAAGUGGAGUCAGGUGGCUCCGCCAGUGCUGAAGCGGCCCAUCCUGCAGUCUUUGCUCCUCCCCGUCAUGGAUCAAGACUACGCCAAGGUGCUGCUGUUGGUAGACGCUGAGUACAAGGUCACAGCUUUCCCAGCCACUCGGAACGUCUUGCGGCAGCUCCGUGAGCUCGCCUCUUCCAUCUUCUUCUACCUGGUGGAUGCGGACCAGGGGCGGCUGUGCGGGUAUCGCCUUCGAAAGGAUCUCACCACUGAGCUGAGCUGGGAGCUCACCCUUCCGCCAGAGGUCCAGCGCAUUGUGGAGGUGAAGGCGAAGCGCGCCAGCGAGCACGUCCAUUCCCAGGGCCGUGUGAUGGGAGACAGAAGCGUGCUAUACAAGAGCCUCAACCCGAACCUGCUGGCUGUGGUGACAGAGAGCACGGACGUCCACCCAGAGCGCACCUUCGUCGGGAUCUUCCUGGUGGACGGGGUCACUGGCCGCAUCGUCCACUCCUCUGUGCAGAGACGAGCCAAGGGCCCCGUACACAUCGUGCACUCGGAGAACUGGGUCGUGUACCAGUACUGGAACACCAAGGCCCGGCGCAACGAGCUGACGGCGCUGGAGCUGUACGAGGGCACCGAGCAGUACAACGCCACGGCCUUCAGCUCCCUGGACCGCCCGCAGCUGCCCCAGGUCCUGCAGCAGUCUUACAUCUUCCCCUCCUCCAUCAGCACCAUGGAAGCCACCAUCACCGAGCGGGGCAUCACCAGCCGGCACCUGCUCAUUGGGCUACCUUCUGGAGCUAUCCUCUCCCUUCCUAAGGCCCUGCUGGAUCCCCGCCGUCCUGAGAUCCCAACGGAACAGAGCAGAGAGGAGAACCUAAUCCCGUACUCCCCGGACGUGCAGAUCCACGCGGAAAGGUUCAUCAACUACAACCAGACGGUCGCUCGAAUGCGAGGCAUCUACACGGCCCCCUCAGGCCUGGAGUCCACUUGUUUGGUUGUGGCCUACGGUCUGGACAUUUAUCAGACUCGAGUCUACCCAUCCAAACAGUUUGACGUCCUGAAGGACGACUAUGACUAUGUACUGAUCAGCAGCGUCCUCUUCGGCCUGGUUUUCGCCACCAUGAUCACUAAGAGGCUGGCCCAGGUGAAGCUCCUGAAUCGGGCCUGGCGGUAGAGACCUGCGACCUUGUCCGGCCGGGGGAGCGGGGUCCGUCCAGAAGAGCCCCAGCCGCAGCUUGCAGGUCGGUGCAGACGGCGCAUGUCUGCCGAGCGCGUCGGCGGUGAAGGAUUGUGGGGAAAGAUGAACUCCUUCAGACUCAGCUGGUGCAGCCGUCCGCACAGGGAGGCCGCGCUGCUCCCUCUCGGCCCAGAACCAACCCCGGACCCCUUGGUGGACUCUCCCUGCCGUCCUGUUUGCUUCUCUGCUCCUCCAUGUUGCUUUUCCCCUCAAGAACUGCGGCAGAAUCAAUCCUACCUUUGGUUAUGUCUCUUAAAGUCAAUUCUGCUUCCCGGAUUUGUCUAGAAAUCCUCCUGGGUAUUUCUGUCUCCUCGUUGAGAGAGAACUCUCCUGACAACACCUUAAAGGUGCAGGGCUCUUCCGCCCCGGCUGAGGCUUGCGGGUCGAGCUAGCUCCUUUCUCAUAACCUCUCUCUGAAGCAGGCUAGGGCCGAGGAGUCCUGUGUGUGGGGUCAGACCUCGUCUCGGCAAGCCUCCAGGUCCCCGCUCUCACCCACUUGGUGGGGCCACGGCCUUUGUUCCAGCUUAUCCGAAGCCAAGCCUGUGACGGCGUCUUGGUUUGUGGCUCACUGCCCACGCGUCCUCUGAGGUCUGUCAGAGCGGAGGCCAUAUUGAUACCGCUGGGUCGUCUGACCUCUGAAGAGAUUUCAGGACUGGCAAAGUACCCUGUCACCUGCCCUUUGACGGCACCUCACCAUCACUCACAGGCUGCUCUGGGCCAUCUUACAUCCUAGCUGUCCUUGUUUAAGAACCUCAGUAUUUAUAUUUGUAGUUUUAUAUAAAAAUUAACAUGCGGGUCACUGUGUUUCUCUGGGAAGGAGCAGGUUUAGAAUCUGACGGCUCUAACCUUUGGAGCUUUGAGAAAGAGUCGAGAAAAAGGGUAGGGAGCCGGCACGUGUGUAUGCAGCGCUGCUGACUCUCUCAGUCACAAGCGAACUAAGCCCUAGAAGUUGUCCUUGUUCAUAAAUUGGGGGAAUGGAGUUGUUUUGUUGUUGUUGUUGUUGUUUGUUUUAACUGUGAAGAAUGGAAUGCAGAAUAGAUCCUUUCUAGUCUUGUUGGGACAAAGGUCCACCGAGCAUCUGAAUAAAAUGAGUGAUGAAUGACA